CUCACCUCUAACCCGCUUCUUUCUCAGAUUCUUGAUUCUCUCCCUGAGGCGGAGACGUCGCGCUUCCCCCCCAAAUUACCCCCCGACCUCCCCCAGUAUCGGCGACCUCCCGCCCCUCGGCCGGAGCCGGACUCGGACUGACUCCGCGGCGCGUCAUGGAGGCCGUGUACCUGGUGGUGAACGGGGUGGGCCUGGCGCUGGACGUGCUGACCCUGGUGCUGGACCUGAACUUCCUGCUGGUGUCCUCGCUCCUGGCCUCCCUGGCCUGGCUCCUAGCCUUCGUCUACAACCUGCCACACACCGUACUGACCAGCCUUCUGCACUUGGGCCGCGGAGUCCUGCUUUCGCUGCUGGCCGUGAUCGAAGCCUUGGUCCGGUUCACUUCUGGGGGCUUUCAGGCCCUGUGUACGCUGCUGUGCAGCUGCUGCUCUGGCCUGGAGAGCCUGAAGCUCCUGGGGCACCUAGCCUCUCACGGGGCAUUGAGGAGCCGGGAUAUACUGCACCGAGGCAUCCUCAAUGUGCUCUCUAGUGGCCAUGCUUUGCUGCGCCAGGUCUGUGACAUCUGUGCCAUUGCCAUGAGCCUGGUGGCCUACGUGAUCAACAGCCUGGUCAACAUCUGCCUCAUUGGCACUCAGAACCUCUUCUCCCUGUUGCUGGCCCUGUGGGAUGCAGUGAUAGGGCCACUGUGGAGGGUGACUGACGUUAUGGCUACCUUCCUAGCUCACAUUUCCAGCAGUGCUGUGGCCAUGGCCAUCCUCCUCUGGACCCCCUGCCAACUAGCAAUGGAGCUCCUGGCCUCAGCUGCCCACCUCUUGGCCAGCUUUGUGCUUGUCAAUAUCACUGGCCUGGUGCUGUUGGCUUGCAUGCUGGCAGUGACAGUGACUGUGUUGCACCCUGACCUCACUAUGAGGCUGGCCACCGGGGCACUAAAUCACCUCCACGCCUGGCCAUCCUACCACAGGCUUCGAGAGGAUGUUGUGCGGCUGUCUCGCCUAGCACUGGGCUUGGAGGCUUGGCGCCGAGUCUGGAGCCGCAGCCUACAGCUGGCAAGUUGGCCGAACCGGGGAGGGGCACCUGGGGCUCCCCAUGGUGGCCCUAGAAGGGUGCCCUCAGCCAGGACUGCACAGCAGGACACUCUUCCUGAAGCAGGGCCCAGAUCAGAGGCAGAAGAGGAAGUCAGAAUGGCCAGAGUGACUGCUGCCUCGGGCAGGGAGAGGCUCAAUGAGGAGGAGCCCAUACCUGGGCAAGACCCAUGGAAGUUGCUGAAGGAGCAAGAGGAGCGGAAGAAGUGUGUCAUCUGCCAGGACCAGAGCAAGACAGUGCUGCUUCUGCCCUGUCGGCACCUGUGCUUAUGUCAGGCCUGCACUGAAAUCCUGAUGCGCCACCCAGUCUACCACCGCAACUGCCCACUCUGUCGCCGGGGCAUUCUGCAGACCCUCAAUGUCUACCUCUGAAAACUCCCUCCCUCCCUGCCCCUCCUCCAGCUUCAUGCUCAACACAGCUGCCUGUGCUAGGACAGUGUUAACACCUGAUCUCUGGGUCCUGGCCUGAAUCACCUUCUGCCCCCAUGGCUAUCAUGCCAGGCCUUCAAGCCAUAAGUCCAGGACAUUGAGAUGGGAUACUCUGGAAGACUGCGACCUGGGUGGGGGCAGGAUAACAGCUUCUCUUUACUCGGUGGGUCCCUGCAAUGCUGAGGAUGGUGUGUCACUAUGCCAGGCCCUGGGACUGUUUGCUGUGGACUCCCCUCCAGCUUGCUCACCCAGAUGCCAGCUUCUGGGGCUCCCCCCUCUCUGCUUUUGUUUUUUGUAGGGGACUUGCAAGUCCUCUCCCUGCCCCCUCCCCAGUCCCUCCCCAGCUUCUGCAGCCACAACACAUCAGUGUUAUUUGGGUAUUUUUUCAAAUUAAGGGCCUUGGAAUGAUCUUGAACCUUUGCUUUCAGCCAGAGCUCCUGUGCCUGGUAGGUUUUGGGGGUAGUAUCUCUCAGAUCCCUUAGAGCUACCACUUUUGCCUGUCAUGCUCUUAUAAAGCUCUCUCCCAACCUGAUCCAACAGCUGGGGUCAGGAAUUUAUCUCUUGGGGGGGGGUGGGGUAUCUGCACCCGGCUUUGGGACCAUGAACCCCCGCACCCCAGCUCCACUGGGAGCCUCAGGAGAGAUAAUCAGAUUUCUAUUCAUAUUCCUUUCACUCCCCACAUCACAGAGAAAAAUGGCAUUCCCCUUCUGUUUGUCUCUCCCUAGCAUUGGGGAGGGCAGACUGCACAUUUCACUAGGGUCCAAAUACAGUAGGGGCCAGGGCCUAGGGGCAUGCUGUUCCCUGGGGGAUCUUGUGGCCCAGUUUCCAGUGAAUAAAAUUUUGUUGAGAACCCUGACA